AUGGACGCUGGCAAGAAGUAUCUUUGUCUCCACAUUCUCGGCUUCAAGAAGUCGGGCGUCUCGUUCGCAGACUAUCGUGACUACAUGGUCAACGUUCAUGCGCCAUUGGUCCGCGACCUCCUGGUCAAGUACGGCAUCGUGGACUGGACAAUGACGCAUGCGGAUGAGAAAUCUCCGGACAUGUUCGAUAACAUUCGUGAUGGACUUUUCAGCAACUUCGCGCCAUUCGAUGUAUGCGUCACCAUCGUCAUGCCUGACAUCGAAGCCUUUCUGCGAUUCAAGACCGAUCCAUUCUUUCAGGGGGAUAUUGAGCCGGAUCAUGACAAAUUUGCAGAUACGCGGCGAUCUCAGAUGCUUCUUGGUUGGCACACGCCUCUGAUCAAGGACGGAAAGGUGGUUGUGCAGCCACUAGUCGCCUAA